CGUACUACGAUACGCUCUCGAGGUCGUGUGUCCCGAGACGAGACGGUGGGGGGUCGGGAUCGCAGUCGAAAACGAUUCGUAGAUCGAGGGCGAAAACGUCUAACGAACACGUGCUACGAUACGCUCUCGAGUUCGAGACGAGACGGGGGGUCGCAGUCGAAAACGAUUCGUAGAUCGAGAACGAAAACGUGUAACGAACACGUGCUACGAAACGCUCUCGAGAUCGUGUGUCCCGAGACGAGACGGUGAGGGGGUCGGGGUCGCAGUCGAAAACGAUUUGUAGAUCGAAGGCGCCUUGCACGCUAGCUAGCAUCGCUAGCUGUAAAACGAUCGUAGGCGCCACGCUAUCUAUAAAACGAACGAAGGUGUGGCGCCCACUUGUCUCGUCAUUUCGAAUGUAUUCGAAAUCGGAGCGGAGGAAGGACGAUGUGAUGAACGUUAAAAAGGAUGGGAACGUGAUGUAAUUCAGACGAGAGUACAACACCAUUUCCAAGACACUUGAAGAUAAAAUAGAAAAUCUGAAAGAAAAGCCGAAUAUUAUAACCAAGAUGGAAUGAGACUAAUACACCAUGAAUACCCAAGGAUAUUCGUCCACUAUUCAAUUUUCCUCGGUUUUCAUCCAAAAACCUAAAAUCCUUAAAAUCACUUCUAGUUUGUGACUCGAAGAUACACAUCGGCUCCGCGAUUCUCCAAAGUUAACAAUAUUUAAAAAUUGUUAAGUGAAUAAUUGUGUAGUGAAAAAUUGUUUAAACAUUCAGUAUUAACAAUAAAACCCUCGUCGAAAACAAAAUAUAAUUGUGCAGUGAAAAUUGUUAAUAACUUUCAAAAUCAAGUUUGUUUAAACAAAUUGUAAAAUUCGAAAAUUAUUAUUAAACAACAUUGUAAAAAUCAAUUUUACAAUACACAAUCAAAUAGUUUAAAAACAAUACUUCAAAUAAAAUAAACAUUAUUUCAUUCAACCAUCAAAUAAAAAAGAAACAAUCAAAAAAAAAAAAACAUCAACAUGAAUCCCGAGAAUAUCAACAACUUCAACAACUUCAACUACACCACCAACACCAUCAAUGGGGAGUAUUGCUAUUCCUGCCAGCAUUACCUACCUGCAGGUAUGCAAUGGCAUUUCCACGCUCGCACCGAUAUACAUAAAUACAACUCCAUCCGUCCGGUGGACGGAAGAAUCAACAUGAAUCCCGAGAAUAUCAACAACUUCAACUACACCACCAACACCAUCAAUGGGGAGUAUUGCUAUUCCUGCCAGCAUUACCUACCUGCAGGUAUGCAAUGGCAUUUCCACGCUCGCACUGAUAUACAUAAAUACAACUCUAUCCGUCCGGUGGACGGAAGAAUCAAGCAGAUUGUGAAUGGGUACAAGGGACGUAUUCUCCAAUACAUGUUUGAGAAUGAGGGAGCGGAUGUAAGGAUGCCUAUGGAAUUCCUAAAUGAGGCUGGAUUAGCACUGAUCCCACACUUGGAAUGCGUGAUGACUACCCACCUAUCAUCUAAAUGCAAUUUUGAGUUGUUUGCUGAGUACAUGCUAAUAAAAGAGUAUGAUAUUCAACAAGAAAUAAAAUCGUUCCAGAGCACAAUGUCUCAGGUUACGACUGGAUCCGACUUCACCCGCUUCUUUGAAUCGCAUAAAAAUGUGAUAGACGCAAAAAUGAGUGAGUUUCAGGAAAAGGAUAGUGGAUGGACCUUGACACGAAUUAUUAGGCUGGAGCUUAAUGUUUAUAAAUGUGAUCCGACAAAAGGAUCUAAUCAUUUUGAGCUUCCGCUUAAAUUAAAAAAUAGAAAGGCAGUUGUUAAUGUACAUAACAAAGAUGCCUUCUGUUUUAAGUGGGCAAUUAUAUCAGCUCUCAAACCAAUAAGUAGAUCAUACCAUUGUAAUAGUUAUGGUGUUGAGAUUACGUCCCCAAUAAUUGAGGUGAAUAACAUAAAGAUUGACUUCAAUGGAUUAUCAUUCCCGAUGGAAAUUCGAAAAAUAAAAGAGUUCACUAAACGAAACCCUCACAUAAGUUUAAAUGUGUUCGGGUAUGAUGAGGAAUCUGAUAAAAUAAUUGGACCACUUUACUGCGAUGGAGUGGAAAUGAGAAUCCACAUUAAUUUAUUAUUCGUCGACGGACCAACGGCGGGUAUUCAUGGACACUAUGUAUGGAUUAAAAAUAUUUCAUCUCUACUUGCCAAACAACUGGGUAAACAUCGAGUUAAGCGUUGGUUCUGUAAUCAAUGCUUACAAUACUCGACGAGUGAGGAGAGGGCGGCUCAACAUACAUUGAGAUGUAGUCGGGUGGUUACCGAGGGACCAAGGAAGGAUCAGAAGAUUAGCUUUAAAAACCAUCAUCGUCAGUUGGAGGUUCCGUUCGUCGUGUAUGCAGACUUUGAAUGUAUAUUGGAACCAGUAUCAUUAGAUGUAAGUGUAAACACGAAAAUUAUUAAUAAGCAUGUGCCAGUAGCAUUUGCAUACUACAUAAAGUGUGCAUUUGACUCUGGCUUAGAUAAGUUUGUUUCGAAGACAGGAGGUGAUGUCGCUCGCACUUUCAUUAAAAAUUUAACGUCAGAUUUGUCCGAUUUGUAUGAGAACCACAUGAAAAUAGUGGUUCCAAUGCACAUGACUCAUAAUGAGUUAGAUAAUUUUAGGAAAGCGACCAUUUGCCACAUAUGUAAGGGUAUUUUAAAUAAUGAUAGAGUGAAAGAUCAUUGUCAUUUUACAGGUAGAUAUAGAGGUGCAGCCCAUAAUUCCUGUAAUCUUAAUUACAAGACGGGUGAUUUUAUCCCCGUAUUCUUUCACAAUUUCUCCAAAUACGAUUCUCAUUUGUUUGUUAAAGAACUUGGAGAAAUUGAGGGAGAAAUAAAAGUUAUCCCUUUGAAUAAGGAAUUGUAUAUUUCAAUUUCUAAAUAUCUCCCUCUAAGGAAAAAUACGUUAGAAAUCAGGUUUUUGGAUACUAUCAGAUUCAUGCCCUCUAGUCUAGACACACUCGCGGGGAAUUUGAGUGAGGAGAAUUUUAAUGUGCUGAAAUCACAGUACAAAAACAAGUCCGAUUUUGAACUACUUCGCAGGAAAGGAGUUUUCCCAUAUGAAUAUUUAGAUUCUGUUGAAAAACUAGAUGAAACUUCUCUCCCACCGAGAUCCAAGUUCUAUAGUAAUUUAACAGAGUCAGAAUGUUCAGAAGAGGAUUACGCUCAUGCCAUCCAAGGCAAUUUGUUCUUCAAUUUACAAUCUUGA